CGCAUGCGCCGGGGCUGUCACGACUCGGACGCUGCUGCGGUGCUGCAGGUGGAAACAUGGCGAUGAAGGCUCUCAGAGGGAUGGUGAACGGGGCCAUGAGUGAGCUGUCCUCGGCUGUCAGCGGGACCAAACCGACGGCCGCCGCCCCGCGGUCCUCCGCCGCCUCCCGGGAGCAUGUGAUGGCCGUGAGCCGGGAUUACAUCUCGCAGCCCCGCCUCACCUAUAAAACAGUUUCUGGAGUCAACGGGCCGCUGGUGAUUCUGGAUCAGGUGAAGUUUCCUCGCUACGCAGAGAUCGUCCAUCUCACACUGCCUGAUGGGACCAAGAGGAGCGGCCAGGUGCUGGAGGUCACCGGCUCCAAAGCUGUGGUGCAGGUGUUUGAGGGGACUUCAGGUAUUGAUGCCAAGAAGACGAGCUGCGAGUUCACAGGAGACAUCCUGAGGACGCCUGUCUCCGAGGACAUGUUGGGCCGUGUGUUUAAUGGAUCUGGUAAACCUAUCGACAGAGGACCAGCAGUCCUGGCUGAAGACUUCCUGGACAUCAUGGGCCAGCCUAUAAACCCUCAGUGCCGUAUCUACCCUGAGGAGAUGAUCCAGACGGGAAUAUCUGCCAUCGAUGGCAUGAACAGCAUCGCCAGAGGGCAGAAAAUCCCCAUCUUCUCUGCUGCCGGCCUGCCACACAACGAGAUUGCAGCUCAGAUCUGUCGACAGGCCGGUUUGGUGAAGAAAUCCAAGGACGUGAUGGACUACAGCGAGGACAACUUUGCCAUCGUGUUUGCAGCUAUGGGGGUGAACAUGGAGACCGCCAGGUUCUUUAAGUCUGACUUUGAGGAGAACGGUUCCAUGGACAACGUCUGUUUGUUCCUCAACCUGGCCAACGACCCCACCAUCGAGCGAAUCAUCACACCCCGUCUGGCUCUGACAUCAGCAGAGUAUCUGGCCUAUCAGUGUGAGAAGCACGUCCUCGUCAUCCUCACCGACAUGAGCUCCUACGCAGAAGCUCUCCGAGAGGUGUCUGCUGCCAGAGAGGAAGUGCCAGGCCGGCGAGGUUUCCCUGGUUACAUGUACACGGAUUUGGCCACCAUCUAUGAGAGGGCGGGCCGAGUGGAAGGACGUAACGGCUCCAUCACCCAGAUCCCCAUCCUCACGAUGCCCAAUGACGACAUCACUCAUCCAAUCCCUGACCUGACGGGUUACAUCACUGAGGGACAAAUCUAUGUGGACAGACAACUUCACAACAGACAGAUCUAUCCUCCCAUCAACGUGCUGCCGUCUCUCUCUCGUCUCAUGAAAUCUGCCAUCGGGGAGGGAAUGACCCGCAGAGACCACUCUGAUGUUUCCAACCAGCUCUACGCGUGUUAUGCCAUAGGGAAGGACGUCCAGGCCAUGAAGGCGGUGGUGGGGGAGGAGGCUCUGACAGCUGAUGACCUGCUCUAUCUGGAGUUCCUGACCAAGUUCGAGAAAAACUUCAUCGCCCAAGGUGCCUACGAGAACAGGAGCGUGUUUGAGACUCUGGACAUCGGAUGGCAGCUGAUGAGGAUCUUCCCCAAAGAGAUGCUGAAGAGGAUCCCUCAGACCACCUUGGCUGAGUUUUACCCCCGAGAAGCCAAACAUUAAGCAGACACACUUCAUCUCCUCCAGGCCUGCCACUUCCAUCUGUUCAGUGACGUCUCACUCUAUACAUUCAGUAACGUGUUGUACCAUCACACGUGAUGUGAUGCUGUAAACGUCCUGACACUUGUGACAACACAUCGACAUUCCUGCUUGAACAACCAGAAACACGAGGAGGGAAGUACACCGAGUGUUUACAGUGAGAAUGGAAGAGAAUACAGUGAGAGUGUUUAUGUCUUUAACGUCUAAGUGAUGAUGAUGAUGACGACAACGAUGACGUUUUAAUUAUUGUGUCACGCCUAUCAUUAGCAAAUGAUACCAGAGAAGUCACAGUAAUUGUCCCUCCUUUUCCAGGCUUUGAAGUUGAUGUCGGCAAAUACCGGUGGUUCGACACUAAACCCUGUAAAACAGCGAAUGAUCGUGUCGCAUUUUGGUUUCUGCACGUAGACAGUGAACAAGCUAAAACGUGUUAAUCAGACAGAGCCAGGCUAAGUGUUUCCAUCUGUUUCCAGUCUUUAUGCUAAGCUAAGCUAACCAGCUGUCCGACUCCCUGCAAGAAAGCGAAGAAGCGUUUUUAAUUGCACUGCGUGUUUUAAUGAGCGGGUCCCAGUUUAGGGAGUGAAGACGAUUUGUUUAUCACAGCUCGAGGAUUCACUCUGAACGUAAAACAUUUGGUUUGUUUAGAAAGAAACCGUCAGAGUGAACGUCGGCCAGGAGAGUGUCUCUCUGGUCCAAAGUGUCAGCCGGGUUCAAGUUUGUGUUUCGGCAGACCGUAGACUUUUAGAAGUUGUGGUUCAAUCAGGCUUACAAUUGUCUGUCAGUCAAAGACAGUAACUUAUUGCGUGAAGGUGCCUCCCUGUCUUUUCCAUCAGUUAGCAAACAGAAAAAUGUCUACGAUACGAUUCGAUACAGUACGUUACGAUAUUUACGAUUACGAUAUGAUACGAUGUCUCUGUCUUGGGGGUGAAGUGUGAUACCUCAGGCUAAUAAUAAAUAUUCAGAAGAUUGUUGUUGUAAAAAAUAAUGCUAGCCUUGGGUUUGCAACUUUUCAGUUAGCUAGCGUGCUAGCUUGCAAAAACUUAUAAACUCCUUGAUCAUAACAGAAUAUCGUAACUUUCACCACCGUUCAUUUUAGAAAGGACACCACAAGAUACCAACUUCCAUGUGUUAGCAUCAAGCUAACAGACUAAGUGCUAGUUUUUUGCCACAUGGUUGGAAGUAGAAUCAGAAAAAGGUUUAUGACCAAGUAAGUUUUCACUUAAAGGGAAAUUCUGUGUUUUGUGCGUACAAUAAAAAUAUUACUUAGAGGAUAUAAGAUGUAUGUAAUCUGAAGAAGCGUUAUAUUCUUUAGCCACUAGGUACCAUCCUGAGAAGAUGAAGGCUUGCUAAUGUUAGCAUGCUAGCUGACACUGACAGCCAGAAACAUCUAUGACCCACUGUCUGUUUAAUAAUCUAAACAAAGAACAGGUUUUCUUGUGGUGAAAAUUACUAUAUUCUGUUAUGAUCAAGGACUUGAUGGUAAGCACACAGUGUUAGCUAGCUAGUUAGCACGCAAGCUAGCGCGCUAGUUAGCAUGCUAGCUAGUUGAAAAGUUGUCUAGUUUCGCUUCCAAUAUUCACACCAAUUUUGAGUUUAGGACUAACAUCAUUUUUACAGUAAUGAUCUUAAAACUAUUUAUUGUUAACCUGCUGAGUCAUCACAACUCUUUUCGUACGGAGCAUGACAAAAAAAUGUUUGCAAAGUGACGGAAAUCCAAAAACGUGAGUCUUAUUGUGGAUGUAUAAAGAGACCUGGAUACAGCGUUGGAGGCGGGGCCCCGUUCAGACUAUGAAAGUUGCUCAGUGGUGUAUGAAACCAAAAAAGCUCUAUUUCCACUGUAUAAAAUUACUCGUAUCUUGUGAGGUGUGGGGCCCAUGGAGCAGCAGACAAGAGGCUGACUUCUCUCGGCUGAGUAGCUAAUUUCCAGUUCAGCGCUCCGCUAACUUGAAUGGGGACAAAAUGAUCCGAUCGUGCAGCUCCUCUAGAUUUUGGAAAUGUUACUGGACCAAACGGGUCGAAUCGUGAUAGUGACUUGAGUCAUUUCGUGGGGGUUGCGAUGCUCAAAAAGACGUUUCCACUGAUUUACAGACGUCUCUACGAUGUAAGUCAAUCGGAAAAAGUCUUUUUGGGCCACAUGGCGUCAUGUGACAGGCCUGGACGGUGUAACUGCUGUUCUGGGGUUUGACUUGUAUAUGUUCCUCCCCUCUUGUAAAACUGUGAAGUGGAUCGCUGAAUUAAAAUGAACAGUACUGGACUGACAGUAGAUUGUAAGCCUCUGAUUGGCCAAAUUAUAAACUGAUUGAGGUGCCACGCCCUCUCAGAGUCUCUGGUCUGCAGGGACACCGUACAUAAACACUGUUGAGGUGUGUUUAUGGCGCAGGCCUGCAGGUGAGCUUGCAUCAUCUCCCCGCCCCCAGGAGCACUCUCCUCUAGUCUUCUCAUACAAAUAAGGAGGGAAAUAAAAUAAAACUUUAAAAAUACCUUCGGGUGUACUGCUGGCCGCCGCUGCAUCACUGUGGUCUCUCUGCACUUCCUGCACCCUCGAGUGACUGUUUCAGUCACUAACGUCCUGUAAAGAAACUGUUUAAAGACACGGUGACAUGUAGUGGAUUUUUGAGCCUAACACAUCUAACACACAGCGACGGCCCACUUAAAAACACCCAUAUUUCAAAGAAAAAAAGACGCCAGAAACAGUGACGGGGUCCGAAAAGAACACCCAUGUUUGGAUGUGAAAAAAAUGUACUAGAGACACAGUGAUGCUAAAAAGGUUGCUAAAAAACACCUUUGUUUGGGAGCUAAAAAGCAGCUGGAGACCCGUGGCAGCUCUCUAAAAAAAAAAAAAAACCCUCAAAUUUGGGGUCAAAUAGACGCUGGAAACACAGUUACAGGUCGCCAGAAACACCCGUGUUCGAAGGCCAAAGAAAGAUGCUGCAAACACAGUGAGGGCUCACUGAAAGCAGCCAUGUUUUGGGCUGAAAGCCUCGCUCCUGAGUGAACUGAAGUGUGAUGACAGGCGUGUGUGCUCAUUAGGCUCCUGCAGGCAUUUCAUCACAAUGUUUUAUUUUGGCGGUCAGUCGGCGCACCUUCCUGUCCUUGUACAUGCCAUACGACUGUGACACUCUGACAGACUGUCAUGUUCUGCCGUCAGGUACGAGGCCUCGUCUGGAAGAAGCUGUGAUACUUUUCAAGGAAGCCAUGUAGGAGAGCCGGCAAGUGAAAUUAUAUCAGAGCUUUGAUGAUGAUGAUGAUAAUGAUGAUGAUGAUGUGUGAGGAAGCUGUCCCAUCAUUCCUUUACUGCUGGAUGUUGUGGUUCCUUUAGAUGAUGACGUUCUCUGUGUACGUGUUCUCUUUACUUCUGAAUGUCUGUAGAUGGUGUAUUUCUGUUGAACAGUGUGUGCACAGUGACCAGGUGUAAUAAUCAGCCUGCAUGCAUCGUUGUUUAGUGUCAGCGCCUCAAAUGUCUCUGAAAUAAAAGCUGCUGUGAUC